AUGGCAUCCGGAUCGCCAGUGCGGCCCUCGCGGCGCGCGGCGCGCAAGACAUUCGUGGUCGAGGAUGAUUCCGACGACGAACUGAGCCUGGUCAAAGAAGAAGAGAACGAUAACGACGAAGAAUUUACUCCGGCUCCCAAACGAAGCCCGCGGAAAUCUACUGCCAGGCGACAAACGAUGGGGACAGUGGGCAGCGCGACGCCCAGGAAGUCCACAACACGACAGCGAAAGGUCAAGACGGGCGAAAACAUCGAACCCUCUCAGAUAUUUGAUCCAGAACAAACCAUGGCGCCCAGUGAACCGCCGUCUUCGCCCACAAAGAGUCCAUCGCCGCGCAAGCAGCGCAAGAGUACCACUGGCGCUCCUCGAAGAGGAGGGCGCAGGUCAUCGGCAACACCGCCCGUGCCUCCGCUACCUGCCAUGACGAAUGCGAAUGCGACCGAACUCCUGGAGCAGAAUCGAUCUAGUACAUCGACACCCCUGAAAGACAUCACCACCAAAGCCCUGAACCAGAGUGCGGUGCGGCCGCAACAGUUAGACUUAAAGGACUCGGCGCGCCCGAUGAUGGUUGCGCCGUUAGAAAAACCGAUGGACAUUGUCAUCCGAGCAAGAGCACAAGCACAAGCCGCGCCGGCCGUGGUGGAAGAGCCAACAGGCCCCAAAUCACGCAUGGUCAUCCGGCAACUGGUGAUGAAUAACUUCAAGAGUUACGCCGGUAGACAGGUGGUUGGACCGUUCCAUGCCUCCUUUUCCGCCGUCGUCGGGCCCAACGGGUCCGGCAAAUCCAAUGUCAUCGACUCGCUGCUGUUCGUGUUUGGAUUCCGUGCAAGCAAGAUGAGACAGGGCAAGAUCUCCGCCCUGAUCCACAACUCGGCCCAACAUCCAGACCUCGACUACUGCGAGGUCGAAGUCUAUUUCCAGGAAAUUGUCGACUUGCCGGGCGGCAAGCAUGAAGUCGUGCCUGGUUCGGACUUGGUGGUUUCAAGGAAGGCGUUCAAGAACAAUUCCAGCAAUUAUUAUCUGAACGGCCGCACCACCAACUUUACUACGGUGACCACGCUUCUAAAAGAAAAGGGAAUCGAUCUGGACCACAAACGCUUCCUUAUUCUACAGGGUGAAGUCGAGUCGAUCGCUCAGAUGAAACCAAAAGCCGCCAACGAGCAUGACGAUGGUCUCUUGGAGUAUCUGGAAGACAUCAUCGGGACGUCCAAAUAUAAAACUCCUAUCGAAGAAGCUGCCGUCGAGCUGGAAAGCCUGAACGAAGUUUGCAUCGAGAAACAGGGGAGAGUCCAACAUGUGGAGAAGGAGAAGAACAGCCUCGAAGACAAAAAGAACAAAGCGCUAGCUUUCAUUCGUGAUGAAAAUGAGCUGGCAGAAAAACAAUCGGCAUUGUAUCAGAUUUAUAUUGCCGAAUGCGAGGAUAAUGCCAAAGUCACUGAGGAGGCCAUCGAAGAAAUACAACAGCAGCUCAGUGCGGAACUGGAAAAGCACGCCGGAAGCGAAGAUACGAUCCAGCAGCUGGAGAAGGCUUACAGCAAAGCCGUCAAGCAGUAUGAAAGCAUCCAGAAACAAGCGCAGGAGUUCGCAAAGGAAUUGGCAAAGUACGACAAAGAGAACGUCAAGUUCGAGGAGAAACGCAAAUUCAUCACCGGCAAACAAAAGAAGGCCGAAAAGGUCGCCCAAUCGAGUCGAUUGACUGCUUCGGAGGCGCAGAGCCUGGUGGAGAAAUAUACAGACGAUAUUCAACGCAAGAGUGCCGAGGUGGCAGAGCUCGAGAAAGAAAUGCAGCGCGAGGAACAAGAACUUGCAGUGAUCCGAGAAAACCUGAAAGGAAAAACUCAGGGCUUGUCCGACCAGAUAGCGGCCAAACAGAAAUCGCUGGAGCCGUGGAAUGCAAAAAUAAACCAGAAACAGUCCGCCAUUGCCGUUGCACAGUCGGAACUCGACAUUCUCAAAGAAAAGGCUACCAGUGGCCAAAAGGCCAUCGACCAGGGCAACGCAAAAAUCGAGAGCAUCGAAGCCAACAGAGAGGAAAAGCUGCAGGAAAUCGAACAGCGCAAGUAUGAAAAGGCUCGACUGGAAAAGGAUGUGAGAAAGAUCCAAGACGCGCUUCAGAAACUCGCAGCCAGCGAACCUGACGUGCGUGCCCAGAUUUCCUCGGCUCGCCAAAAGGCAGAUGAGGCACGCGCCAGUCUGGCGAGCAGCCAAAAUCAGAGCAAUGUGCUCAAGGGACUUUUGCGGCUCAAAGAUUCGGGUCGAAUCGACGGUUUUCAUGGACGGCUGGGGAAUCUGGGUACGAUUGACGAGAGGUACGAUGUGGCCAUCUCGACUGCUUGUCCGGCAUUGGAGAAUAUGGUGGUCGACAACGUCGAGGUCGGUCAGCAAUGCAUCGAAUACUUGCGCAAAAACAACCUUGGACGCGCCAACUUUAUCUUGCUGGACAAAUUGGCAAAGCGAGAUCUUUCUCCUAUCCAAACACCGGAAAAUGUGCCUCGACUUUUUGACCUGAUCAAGCCUAAAGACCAACGGUUUGCGCCUGCCUUUUAUAGCAUCAUGCAGAACACGUUGGUUGCAAAAGAUCUGGAACAGGCCAAUCGUAUUGCAUAUGGGGCUAAAAGGUGGCGCGUAGUUACUCUGGACGGCCAGCUGAUCGAUGUGUCUGGUACAAUGAGCGGUGGCGGCACGCGCGUUGCUCGAGGUGCAAUGUCGUCGAAACUGUCCUCCGACACCAGCAAGGAACAAGUCCAGCAGCUCGAAGGUGAACGAGAUCAGCUGGAGAGACAGUUUGAAGCCUUUCAAGGUAGACAGAGGGAACUCGAAGCCAGCCUCCGAGAAAAGCAGGAAGAGAUCCCAAGGCUAGAGACAGUCAUUCAGAAAAUCAACCUGGAAGUGGAGACGUGCACAAGGAACCUCGCCGACGCCCAGAAACGUGUCCAGGAUCUUAUUGCGGAACUCAAGACCUCUUCUGCGGACGAUUUCCAGAUCAAAGCUUUGGAGAAGCAGAUCGCCGUCAUAAACAAGGAGCUUGACGAGUUGCACUCCGAGACGGCCACUUUGGAAGCUGAGAUCCAGGCUCUACAAGACAAGAUCAUGGAAGUCGGCGGUAUCCAGCUCCGUAGUCAGAAGGCGAGAGUCGACGGCUUGAAAGAGAGAAUCGACAUGUUGAACGACGACAUAUCGAAUGCCGAGGUGGCCCGGACGAAGAACGAAAAGCUGAAGAUCAAGAAUGAAAAGGCAAAGGCCGACGCGGAAAAGGAGCUUGAAUCACUGGCUAAGGAUGCUGAACGACUGGAAGAAGACCUCGAGAGACAUGAAUCCGGUGCUGGAGAACUGGGAGCCAAGGCAGACCAGGUUCAAGAAGAACAAGAGUCGAUGAAAGAAGAGCUUGCCGCGUUGAAGAAAGACCUCGACACUCAAACCUCGGAAUUGAACUCGACCAGGGCCAUUGAAAUCGAGAUGAAGAACAAACUCGAAGAACACCAGAAAAUUUUGGCAGACAAUAACAAAAAGAGCCGUUACUGGGCCGAGAAGUUGUCCAAGCUGGCCUUGCAUGAUAUCGCCGACUUGGAGGGCAUCACCGAGGGGCAAGAUGAACAAACCUCAUCCGAGCAAGAACAAGAACAACAACAGCAGCAGCAACAGUCCAACGAAGAUGAAGAUGCGGAAAUGACAGACAUUGCACAGGAAGAUCCCGACGCAAUGGACGUCGACGAGGAAGAGCAGCAGCAGCAAGUUGAACAGACCGAGCACGAGCCAGCCUCGGAAGUAAGACGGGCACGACGCCAACUGCAAAUGUUCACCCGUGACGAACUCCUAGACAAAUCCAAAGACCACCUCGUGGCAUCGAUUGCGGCAUUGGAAGAAAAAGUCUCGAACGCCUCGAGUAUCGACAUUUCCGUGAUAGCCGAAUAUCGUCGGCGGUGCGAGGAAGUGGCCAGUCGAACCUCCGACCUCAAAAGCGCAGUCAAGACGCGCGACGCCGCCAAAACCCGUCUCACGGAUCUUCGUAACCUUCGUCUCACGCAGUUCAUGACGGGCUUCACCACGAUCUCCUCCCAUUUGAAAUCAAUGUACCAGCUGAUCACGCUGGGAGGCAACGCCGAACUCGAGCUGGUCGACAGUCUGGAUCCGUUUUCCGAAGGGAUUCUGUUCUCCGUCAUGCCGCCCAAGAAGAGCUGGAAGAACAUUGGCAAUUUGUCCGGCGGCGAAAAGACGUUGAGUUCCUUGGCGCUGGUGUUUGCGCUGCAUGUUUACCGGCCCACGCCGUUGUAUGUCAUGGACGAGAUUGAUGCCGCGUUGGAUUUCCGGAAUGUCUCCAUCGUGGCAGGAUAUAUCAAGGAACGGACCAAGAAUGCGCAGUUUAUUGUGAUAUCGCUCCGGAAUAACAUGUUUGAAUUGGCGGAACGGCUGGGGGGGAUUUAUAAGGUCAACCAUAUGACGAAGAGUGUUACGGUCGAGAAUCGUGAUUAUCUUGCCAUGAGUCGGCAGCAACAGCAGCAGCAACGCCACCAACAACAACAACGGGAGCAGCCGCAGCAGCAACAACAAGCACUUGAAGAACAAGAAGCGCGUCGUGAACGAGAGCGAGAACGACAACAGCAACAGCAUGAGCAAGAACGGCGGCGACAACAGCAACGCGAACACGAACUCAAACAGGAACAUGAGCAACAACAUGAACAGCAAGACCUUGAACAAGAGGAGUUGGACUUGCAAGACCAAUUGCAGCUGGAGUUGGAUAGUCAAUUACAAUGA